ACUGAGUGCUGCGCUAAUUACACACAUUUUACUUUAACUCUACGACACAGUACAAAGUAGCUUAAAAGUUAAACCCUCUUUCCGCUUUCUUCCUGUUACUUAGCAACGGCGAACACUCAGCGGGGGCUGGCCAAUACAUGUUAGCAAUGACGCUAGCAGGGUAGAUCAUGGAAACUGACGACGACCUGGACGAACUACUGGACGACAUUGAAAAAAGGUUUUGUCACGACGUUUGUGUAGUGUCUUCGUCUAGCGGUGAUUCGAACAAAGCCGGGAAAAGCGUGAAGGACAAGGAUGGGCAUAGUAAAAGCAGGACUACAACCACAAACGCUGACCUAACACUCAGCAGCGUAACUAAGGACAUUGACGCACUUUUAGAAGAAUUACUGGAGGAUGACUUUGCACAUUCCAUGGAACUAAAGACCAAACAGGUGGAAAGAAAGCCGUUGUCUCAAUCUGGAGGGAGAAAGUGCUGCCCUGUUUUCGUUGGUGGGAGCUUUGUCACUAAUGGUGUUGGAACAUCAGCUUCCAAGAGGUCAUGUGACCGCUUGAGGUGUACUUCCUGCGAUUUCCAGGUGCUGUCGUUUGAUGACUGUGAGUGGGACCCGUCCUCUGAUUACCUGUUCUUUAGGAACAACGUUCCCGACCGUCAGAAGCUCAGAGCCAAGCUGAAUAAGAGGAGAGGUUCACGGGCGUACGCCUGCCAGUGUGCCUGGUUUUCCUCCUCAGAGCCUACAGACCUCAGGGCCCAACAUCAGCUCAGAUGGGUCUGUGGAAAACACCAGGACUGAGUUUGAAUCUUCUUUGCUGCUAUUAAGAGACUGAAAAUGCCACAGCAGGAAUAAUAAUGAUUGAACAAU